CCCAGCAUCCUCUGCACUUCCGCUUUCCUUCACGGAGUCAACAGACGAAAACAAGAUGCGAUAGUCGAACACCCCAAAGAGCUGUAGCUAAUGACAGCGACCCCCCGGGAUAUUUCCCAACUUUCCUAUUCGAAUGGUCUUUUGUGAAUUUGACGCGUUUGAACUGAAACCAUGCAGUUUUCUCCCAACAACGGAGACUUUACAUUUGUCUCCUCGACAGAGGCGCAAGAGCUUAGUGGCACAAUCGCUGCCCCUGAGAUCAAAGUCAAUAUGGGCAGUGACAGUGGUAAAGACCCUUAUGCCACUGCCUUCCUGAGGCAGCGAGGGUACGGUUGGCUGCUGGAAGUGGAGGAAGAUGAUGGUGAGGACAACAAACCUCUUCUUGAUGAGCUGGACAUUGACGUGAAGGACAUCUACUACAAGAUUCGGUGUGUGCUUAUGCCAAUGCCAUCGUUGGGCUACAACAGACAGGUGGUCAGAGAUAACCCGGACUUCUGGGGCCCACUUGCUGUGGUCCUGCUCUUCUCCAUGAUCUCAAUCUAUGGACAGUUUAGGGUGGUUUCCUGGAUCAUCACCAUCUGGAUAUUUGGAUCACUAACAAUUUUUCUCUUGGCACGUGUUCUUGGCGGCGAGGUUUCCUACGGUCAGGUCCUAGGAGUGAUUGGAUAUUCCCUUCUUCCGCUAAUUGUUAUAGCCCCGUUUCUUCUUGUGAUAGGAGGUUUUGAGGUGGUUUCGACCUUCAUCAAACUGUUUGGAGUUUUCUGGGCUGCCUACAGCGCUGCAUCACUGCUGGUUGGCGAUGAAUUUAAAACAAAGAAGCCUCUUCUCAUCUAUCCCAUUUUCCUUCUGUACAUUUACUUCCUAUCACUCUAUACCGGUGUCUGACGAGAUGAAUUUGAACUGUGGACUUUUUCAUGGACCGUGACACAUACCCCACAAGGUGGAAAAAAAUAUCUGGGGAUGUUAGCAUUGUGUGUUCCUUGUAUAUGUACUUUUAACUCUUAUGUCUUCAUAAUGUUCAGUUAAAAAAAUAAAGCAGCUGCUUUCACAGCUUCAACCGUGCAGCCCUCCAACCAGUUCAAUCCAGAUGGGAUGAUACCAUUUAUAAGUUGCUUAUGGUAGAGACUUUUUACGCCAGCUUUUGAAGCACUGUUCUCCUUAAAAUGCACUGUACCAAAUUUGGUGGCAAAUAUUUGUGAUUGCGGAUGAUCCGAGACACCAUUCAGUAGGACCCUGGUCAAAUGUUU